AUGUCUAAAAUGUUUGGGAAAGAGGUGCCAUUGUCAAAAAUGGCGGUGUCUAAAGCUCAUGGAGAGGACUCUCCAUACUUCGCUGGCUGGAAAGCUUAUGAAGAGAAUCCUUAUGAUGCUGUAAGAAAUCCUGAUGGAGUUAUUCAGAUGGGCUUAGCUGAGAAUCAGCUUUCUUUUGAUCUGCUGGAAGAGUACCUGGAGCUGCACCCAGAAGCUUUUAGCUGGGGCUCUGACUCCUCUAGUUUUAGAGAAAAUGCUUUGUUUCAGGACUAUCAUGGCCUCCAAACUCUCAGACAGGCAUUGGCUAGCUUUAUGGAGAAAAUAAGAGGUGGUCGAUCAAAGUUCGAUCCCAACUGCAUCGUCCUCACCGCCGGCGCCACCGCCGCCAACGAGAUCCUUACCUUUAUCUUAGCCGACCGCGGCGAUGCCUUACUUGUCCCAACUCCUUAUUAUCCAGGGUUUUUGAGAGACCUGCAAUGGAGAACUGGAGUCACCAUCUUCCCCGUCCAUUGCUACAGCUCCAAUGGCUUCCAACUGACUCUCUCCUCCCUCGAAAAAGCCUACGCUGAAGCCAAAGCUUCCAACUUUAAUGUCAGGGGUCUUCUGAUGACCAAUCCUUGUAAUCCUCUGGGCACCUCUGCCUCUCUUUCUCUUCUCCAAGACAUAAUUCACUUCAUCUCAGACAAAAACAUUCAUCUGAUCUCCGAUGAGAUCUACUCUGGCUCUGUUUUCUCUUCUACAAACUUAUUCAGCAUUUCAGACCUCAUCACUGAUGCCAUCUCUGAACAAGUUCAUAUUGUUUAUAGCUUAUCGAAAGAUUUGGGCCUUCCUGGUUUCAGAGUUGGAGCUCUGUAUUCCUAUAACGACAGAGUUGUUAAAACAGCUAGAAGAAUGUCAAGUUUCAGUCUUGUUUCUUCUCAGACUCAAAAAUUGCUGUCUUUUAUGCUGUCAGAUGAGGAGUUUACAGUGAGAUAUAUAGAGAAGAAUAGAGAGAGACUGAGAGAGAGAUAUGAAUUAGUUGUUAAUGGGUUGAACGAAGCAGGGAUUGAGUGCUUGAAAGGAGAGGCAGGGCUGUUCUGUUGGGUGAAUAUGGAGAAGUUGAUGGAGGAGGAGACGAAUGAAGGAGAAGCAGAGCUCUGGAAGGUGAUAAUUGAUGAUUUAAAGCUUAAUAUAUCACCAGGUUCUUCAUGUUGUUGUGCUGAACCAGGUUGGUUCAGACUUUGCUUUGCUAAUAUGAGCAGAGAGACGUUGGAGGUGGCGCUGAAGAGAAUGAAAAAUUUUGCUCAGAAGAAGGUCGCUGCUAAGAAGAAGAAGAGGAACAAUGUUUACUUCUGUUGA